CGACUCAAAAAAAAUAUCUAGCAUGUCUUCUUCUGUUUCUCUCUUUGGAAUAUCUCUUCACAUGUAAUUCAAUGACCACUAAUUAGGUAAGACAAACUCUAUAUUCCUCUGCUAUCUUUCUUCUCGCAAAGUAUUUGAAUGUGGCUGGAGAGGACCAUUUCUGAUCCAUUUGGUGUAUUAUAGCUUUCUGUUGUCCUAGUUUAGGAUAAUUAUAAUUCCAAACUCUCUUGUAUACAACCCCUUUCUCUAUCUUUCUGACCAAGUAUAUGCUUUUCUUGAGGCCGCCGCGACCGAUCAAAUUAAGUAGGCAAGCUAGCCAUGGAGAUUUCAGUGGUAUACCAUACACACCGCCUAUUCCUGGAUACGGAUUCAGGAAUGCCACCUUCUAACCAAGGAGACGGGAAUUCUAGCGAUUACAUCCUCGGAACUGGUACAAAUUUUGAUGGCAAAGUGGUGAUGGUUUUGGUAGCUUUGCUAUUUGCAUUAGUAUGUGCGUUUGGGAUAAACUCCAUAGCACGUUGUGCCACAAGAAAUGGGUAUAGAAUUGGCUUUGAGACUCCACAACAGGCUGCUUCACGCCUAGCUGCAGCUACUAAUACAGAACUGAAGAAGAGUGCGUUGGGGCAGAUUCCGGUGGUGCCAUAUAAAUCAGGACUACAUAUUCAGGUCAGUACUGAUUGUCCGAUUUGUCUUGGAGAAUUUUCGGAAGGCGAAAAGGUAAGAGUUCUACCACAAUGUAGCCAUGGUUUCCAUGUUAAGUGUAUAGACAGAUGGUUAUUGUUGCACUCAUCAUGCCCCUUAUGCCGACAAGCAUUAGUACUGCCGUAGAAGAGGCGAAUAAGAGAUCAGUCCGGGCGCCAGAAAAUGGGCCUGUGGAUAACUUAGGGCUGUAAAGAGACGAUCAAACUCAAUAAUGGAGCUGUGAGCUGGUUGUUGGCACCAAAGUUUUAAGAGGAGGUCAAGUCUUGGUUCUAUGGAACUUUGUAUCAUUAUAGUAGGAUGUAGGACAAGCAUUGAUAUAUAUAUUUAGGAUGUGUAAGGGUCAGCUUUUGUUACAACUGUUACUAUACUUAUAAAAAAUGUUUGGUAACAUAUAUGUUAAAAAAGUGUUUUUAUAUUUCAACA